UAUAAUUGGUAAUGGGAUCCAACGAUUUUCUUGUAUAAAACUUCGAUCAUGUUAAAUUUGUCAUCGAAAUUUCAAAGACAAGUUAAAAGCAAGAAAGGAAUAAGUGAUCGGUUGUUAAUACAUGCUACGGACUUUCGAUCCUUGAUGUAUCCUUGUCUCGUUUUUUGUCGUAUUCUCGGAAUAUUCCCAUACAAGAUCAACAGUUCGUCCUUUGAAAUUUCUAAACCAUACUUCUUUCUAUCAAUUAUAAAUAUGUGUGUUUUCUGUCUUUGCGCACUGAUAGUAAUGCCAGAUAUUUCUGAAGGGUUUCAUAUCAAACAAUCACAUAUAUCUAAAAUUAUUGAAAUUAACUGCUUUUAUAUUUUUGGCGGUUUCAUAACUGUCGUUGCGUACAUUUUAAGCGGACCACAAAAGCGUUUACUACAGACUAUACUGAACAACUCUUCAAGACUUUCUUUGAAGACGAAUAAAAAAUAUUCCAUGCUGAUCCACGCCAAGGACAUUUCAGUUUUUUUUAUUAUACUCGUGAAUUAUGUAAUCUACUCUUGCAACUACACACUGUCUAUUUGGGCUACAGUGUCUGCAACGUACAUGACUCUGACAAUGUAUAUGACGAAUAUGCUGUACAUAAAUUGCGUUUACAUAUUAAAAGCAUGUUUCAAGAAAAUUAACGACGAUUUGACAAAUUUAUUCAUAACGAACGACGAACAUUUAGUCAGGUCGAUCUAUCGUAAGCAAAAUACUCCUUUAUUGUUGAUGGAGCUCAACGCCUUGAAGAAACGACAUUUGAUGAUUAGCAAUUCAGUGCAAAUGCUAAAUAUAAUUUACAGUCCGCAGCUCCUCGCAACCAUAGUCAUAGCAGUCAUUCAUAUUAUUUUUGAAAUAUAUUUCAAUGUAGUACAAUGGGAAAAUGGGUCUAUCAUAUGGACAUCUGAGAAUGUUAUAAUGUCUGUACUAGUUGAUCUUUGGUUUCAUCUUAUGACAAUGUUACUGCUAACAUGGGUCUGCGAAACCGGCAAAAACGAAGCGACAAUGAUUGGGACUACCGUCCAUGAUGCACUUAACAGCACCAGCGACGAACAAAUCAAAUAUGAGUUGCAGCUGUUUUCUUUACAAAUAAUGCAUUGUGAUAAUACAUUCUCCGUGAAGGGUCUCACUAUAGAUGCGAAAAUUCUCACAGCAAUGGGUGGUACUAUCGUUACACAUCUUAUAAUUUUAAUACAAUUCUUGAUCACCUCGCAUUCUUGCGAUGGAAAGACUACAUUCAAUGUGACACAAGCAACCUGAAUCACCAUAAAUAAUCUCAUAA